AUGGCGGGACGCGUGCGACACCCAAUUGACCAGCAGGCGCUAGAACGGUAUAUCGAGAAAAAUGUGCCACAGAUCAAGACGCCCUUGGAGAUCAAACAGUUCGGCUUCGGCCAGUCGAACCCAACAUACCAACUCACCGACGCGACGAGCGCGCGCUUCGUGAUGCGCAAGAAACCACCCGGAAAGCUCCUCUCCAAGGCGGCGCACAAGGUGGACCGCGAGCACCGCAUAAUCCACGCCCUCGAGGCCACCGACGUGCCCGUCCCCAAAGCCUACUGCCUCUGCGAGGACGAGUCGGUCGUCGGCACCGCCUUUUACAUCAUGGAGUUCCUCGACGGGCGCAUCCUCGAGGACCCGGCCAUGCCCGAGGUGUCCUCGCCCGAGGAGCGCCGGGCGCUGUGGAAGGCGGCGACGCUGACGCUGGCGAAGCUGCACCGGGUGGCGCCCGGGGAUGUCGGGCUCGAGACGUUUGGCAAGAGGAGCGGGUUCUAUGACCGGCAGAUCCAGACGUGGACGACGAUUUGCAAGAGUCAGGCGGCGGCGGUGGAUUUGGAGACGGGGGAAAAGGUGGGGGAUCUGCCGCAUUUUGAAGAAAUGAUUUCGUUUUUUAGCGACAAGAGUCGGCAGCCGAGGGAUCGGGGGACGUUGAUUCAUGGGGAUUACAAGAUUGACAAUCUCGUCUUUCACAAGACGGAGCCGAGGGUCAUUGGUAUCUUGGACUGGGAAAUGUCGACCGUAGGCCAUCCUCUCUCGGACCUCUGCAACUUCCUGCACCCGUACUUCACGGCCUCGCGCACCGGCAGCGGGGUCUACGCCAACGACGGGUUCCUCCCCGGCGCGACGCCGGGCCUGCCGACGGUGGAGGAGAUUGUCGGGUGGUAUACCGCCGAGGUGACGGCGGCUGCGGCGGCGGCGGUGUCGGCGGCCGGGUCCGCCCUGGGUGGCGGGUGGUCGCCCGCUUCGGAGCUGUCGUGGGGCGCGGCGUUUAGUCUGUUCCGGCUGGCGGGCGUGUGUCAGGGCAUCGCGGCGCGGGCGGCGCAGGGGCAGGCGAGCAGUGAGCAGGCGAAGCGGUUUGCUGUGACGAGGGGCCCGCUGGCGGAGUUUGCUUGGGAGCUUGUUGGGAGGAGUCGGGCGGAGAGUGGGGGGAGGGCGAAGUUGUGA